AUGCGCGGCGUCUCAGUGCUUGCACGGAAGGCUCCGUACGCAUCACUGAGCUGUCUCCAUAUGCUGCACGGAGCUGGGAGCGAGACAGCUCCAUGCUAUACGGAGCUCCCAGCUCCAUGCAGCACGGAGCCAUUUGGGGAAAAAGUGACAGAAAAGCAACUCAACAUUGGAUUUGCUAUUUUCUCCGCCUUAACCCUAAUUGUUCUCCCUCUCUCUUUUCUCUUGACAAUCAACAAAUCUCUGUCUUGGAGGAUAAUUGCAAGCCUCCCACGGCUUUGUGACCCAUCUGAGAUUCACACUGAAUCAGUUUCACUUGCUGAGGAAGCUAAGGCUGAUGCCAUUUCAGCUGUCAUUAAUCAAAGAGAUGUUCCUAAUUGGGACAUCCCUCUUCACUUGGCUGUCAAAUUUGGUGAUGACACUGUUAUCGAGAUGCUUAUGCUUGCUGGGGCAGAUUGGAACUUGCAGAAUGAACAUGGGUGA